AUGGACCAUGCCUCCAACGCGUCCGUUUCAAGCUUAGGGUCUUCCGACAGCGAGGUUGGAUCCCCGCACAAUGGUGUUUCAAGUGUUUCAAUGCAAGCGAACGACGCGUUAGUAAUCGAAUCGACACGCGAUACAGAUACGAUGGACGAAGACCUCCGUAAAACUCCAACCCCGAUCAACCUGUCUGGCGCCCUCGACAAACAGGCUUUACAAUGUGACGAAAACGGUUCGACCCAGCCAAACACAACCAACCCAGGUGAUUCUCACAGCAAUGCGCCUACGACCCAAAGCUCGAGAACAACUCCAAGUCUUUUCAACAACCCGCCUAACCUAGCGCGCAUACGAAAGGUUUUGUUUGAAUGCAAGGACCCGAUAGAAAUCAGCCUGGAGGAGUUCGAGACAUAUUGGCCCUUCAUCGACAAUGUGUGGGUGAAACAGAGAUCAAACGCCAGUAAAGAGGGUCAUUGCACCACGGACUAUUAUAUGUGUCGUUUACGGCGUCCUACACACCGUACGUCGGAAACGCGCCCAUUACCAGAAGGAAAGCGCCCUCGGAAGAAGCGCGUCCGAGAGGGAGGCAUUUGCAAUUUCCAAAUCAAGGUUGUCCGGUUCGAGGGCGCAUACUCGACAGUCACAAUUGCGCGAACACCGGGAAGUUGCAGCGUUCACUCGCAUGACCUUGACUACAUCGAUCGAGUGAAACGGAACUCGGGUUUAAUGGAAUAUGCGCGGAAAGAGUCUGUGAAAGGAUAUUUACCUUCUUCCAUCUAUACCAAAUUUCAAGAGGAGCCAGAGAAGCUCGGGGAAGCUGGAGGGCGGUUCUUCACUGUAACCGAUGUCCGCAACAUAUCGGCCAAAUGGCGCAUACAAAACCCAGAAGUGAAUCUGGUGGCACAUGAGGGCUACGAAUACCAAAAGGGCCAUGGUAUUGUCAAGACCCAAAGCACCGACGGUGUUAAUGAAGUGCCCUCACAGAUAAAACCGGUCUCACCCAGUCCAUCCUCAUUGCCUCCUGACACAUUAUCAUUCCCGCAAUUUUCGCUGGAUUUCCUACAUCCUUAUCUUCCAAAUCACUCUGAACGUCGGGAGUUCCCUCACGUCACAUUGUCCUACGCCUCGUCAAUGGACUCAAAAAUAUCUCUUCAACCUGGAAUGCAGACGGUAUUGUCUGGACCGGAGGCUAAAUUGAUGACCCAUUAUCUUCGCUCCCGACAUGAUGCCAUUCUUGUUGGGGUGGGAACGGUUCUUGCCGAUAAUCCCGGCUUGAACUGUCGCCUAGAAGGUGCUGGUGGGUUUGGAGGUCUUGGGAGAAUGUGGCAACCAAGACCAGUGAUCAUCGAUCCCAUGGGACGAUGGCCCGUUCACCCAGAGUGCCGAAUGUUGCGAACUGCCGUGGAUGGCAAAGGCAAAGCUCCAUGGGUUGUGGUGUCCCCGGGAGCUCAGAUCAACCCACAGACGCUAAUGAUGCUCAAAGGUUACGGAGGUGACUUUCUCCGUAUUGUAGAAUACAAUCAACAUUGGCGACUACGUUGGGAAGCUGUGUUCCGUGCCUUGGCGUCCGAGGGUAUCAAAAGUGUCAUGAUUGAGGGUGGUGGAACUGUGUUGAGUGAACUAUUGAACCCUGAAUAUACCAGCUUCAUUGACUCAAUCAUUGUGACAGUUGCACCCACCUAUCUUGGACGUGGUGGAGUGAACGUCAGUCCUGACUCGAAGCAGGACCCAGAGGGUACACCCAAUGCUGCAUUAAACCCUCGCAAUGUCAAAUGGAUGCCAUUGGGACAGAAUGUAAUCAUGUGUGGAAAGAUUCGACAAGAAACCGACAUUUAG